CGGUCGUCCACAUUUCAUCCCCGGGUCCUUCUCCCGCCCGCCUGCUUUUCAUGUAUCCGAACGUUGCUGUGCCUGGAUAGUCCCCGCAUGUCUAGCUCCGUUGGGAACCCCUUCCGCCCUGUCACUCGCACUAAACUCCGCACCGGACUUUCGGUUGACGCUUGUCCAUGGAGAUUCACAAUUCCACCAACAUGAGACUCUCACGACGACGGGAGCCUCGCGAACCCAGGUGCUCACCGUCAUGGCACUCGCAUUAGUGCGAGCUGCACAAUUUGCGCAUGCCGUCUUUUUGAGGUUCUCGCGAGGUACAAAGGCCACUCCAUGGCCGAUCACACAACGGUAUCGCUCUAAGCUUCGACUUUGAACGUUUCAACCACCGGCAAAGAUGCGCUCUAUCAACAGCCUAUCAUGGCUGUCUGUUCUGGCGUCUCUGACUACCUCCAUCCCCGCCAUCAAUGCUCAGAACAACUCCGUUGGGCAAUGGCCACUCCACGACAACGGCUUGAAUGACGUUGUACAAUGGGACCACUACAGCUUCAAGGUCAAUGGCAAGCGGCUGUUUGUCUUCUCUGGAGAGAUUCAUUACUGGCGCAUUCCCGUGCCCGAAGUCUGGGAGGAUAUCCUUGAGAAGAUCAAGGCUGCUGGCUUCACCGCGUUUGCAUUCUACGGAAACUGGGGCUACCACAGCGCGAACAACGGAACUGUCGACUUCGACAGCCCCGCUCACGACUUCACCAAGCUCUACGAGAUUGCAGAGCGUGUCGGUCUUUACGUUAUCACGCGCCCGGGCCCUUACGUCAAUGCUGAGGCCAAUGCUGGUGGAUUCCCCCUUUGGCUCACCACAGGUGCUUAUGGCAAGCUCCGUGAUGACGACCCGCGCUACCUCAAGGCUUUGGAGCCUUACUUCUCUGAGUUCUCAAAGCGUGCUGCCGAGCACGGUGUGACCAAGGGCGGCAACAACCUCGUCUUCCAGAUCGAGAACGAGUACGGCCAACAAUGGAAGGAUACAGUCAAGAAGAUCCCGGAUCUGCCCUCGGGUCGCUACAUGGACGCUCUCGAGAAGUUGGCUCGCGCGAACGGUAUCGAUAUCCCUAUGAUCCACAACGACCCCAAUUUGAACACCAAGAGCUGGUCGAAGGACUUUGGCCCUGGUGCUCUCGGCAACGUCGAUGUUGCCGGUCUCGACAGCUACCCGUCUUGCUGGUCCUGCAACCUGGAUGAAUGCACGGGCACCAAUGGAAAAUAUGUCGCUUACCAGACCAUCAACUACUACGACCACUUCGUUGAAGUUUCAAACACACAGCCUCGUUUCUUCCCUGAGUUCCAAGGUGGCAGCUACAACCCCUGGGGCGGACCUGAGGGCGGCUGCCCUGGUGACAUUGGCGCAGACUUCGCCAAUCUGUUCUACCGCAACUUGAUCUCGCAGCGCUCUACUGCUCUGUCACUCUACAUGAUGUUCGGAGGCACCAAUUGGGGCGCCUUGGCAUGCCCUGUUGUUGCUACUUCCUACGACUACAGCUCGCCCAUCAGCGAGAACCGCAAGAUCGACAGCAAGUUCUACGAGACCAAGAACCUGGCUCUAUUCACUCGUGUUGCUGAGGACUUGACGGUCACCGACCGCGUUGGCGACUCUACCAGCUACACUACUAACUCCGCUGUGAAGGCCAGUGAGCUCCGCAACCCCGAGACCAACGGUGCUUUCUACGUCACUAUCCACGACUACUCCCCAUCUGGAACCAGAGAGGAAUUCAAGCUCAAGGUUAGCACCUCUAUUGGUAACCUGACCAUUCCUCAGACUGGCUCUAUUGUCCUGAACGGCCACCAGUCGAAGAUUCUCGUGACCGACUUCGCUCUCGGCAAAAACACUCUGACCUACUCGACUGCUGAGGUUCUCACGUACUCUAUCGUCGAUGGAAAGCCUAUUGUGGUCCUCUGGACUGGUGCUGGCGAAUCUGCUGAGUUCCACAUCAAGGGCGCAAAGAAGGGCUCCGUGGCUCAAAAUGGCCAGGCUGCCAACGCCACUGUCAAGGCCGACCGCUUUGGUAUCUCUGUCAACCUCCCUGCUGUCAACGGCCAGAGCGUUUAUGAGUUCAACAACGGCGUCAAGGUCAUCGUUGUUGACAAGCCUACCGGUUACCUCUUCUGGGCUCCUAACCUGUCCAAGGACCCCGUUGCUCCCGUGGAUCAGUCCAUUAUCGUUGGAGGCCCGUACCUCGUCCGUCACGUUGCCACCGAGAACGGCAUCUUGGCCCUCAAGGGUGACAUCCUGAAGUCUACCGACAUUGAGGUUUUCGCUUCCAAGAGCUUCAAGAAGCUCUCCUGGAACGGUCAGGAGCUCAAGACUCACCGCACUGCCCACGGCAGUCUGAAGGCCAGCGUCAAGGCCUUCAGCGGCUCUAUUAAGCUUCCGGAGUUGACCAGCUGGAAGAUCGCCGACGGUCUGCCCGAGAAGCAGCCCAGCUAUGAUGACUCUGGUGCAGCUUGGGUCGAGGCUAAUCACGUCACCACUUCCAACCCUACCAAGCCUGCGACGCUCCCCGUCCUGUACGUCGACGAGUACGGCUUCCACAACAGCUUCCACCUCUUCCGCGGAUACUUUGACGGCGCUGCUACCGGUGUCAACCUGGCGCUUCAGGGAGGUCUUGCUUUUGGCUGGACUGCCUGGCUCAACGGCGAAUUCAUCGGUUCUUGGUACGGUAACACAACCGCCGGCCAGGGCAACCAGACUCUCUCCUUCAACAACGCCACCCUGAAUGCUAACGGAACCAACGUCCUGCUUGUCGCGCAGGACAACUCCGGCCACGACCUGCGUGGUGGUGCUACAGACCCCCGCGGUAUCCUCGGCGCCAGCCUCGUUGGCGGCGGCAACUUCACGAAGUGGAAGAUCGCCGGUGAGGCCGGUGGUGAGUCCAAGCAGCUCGACCCCGUCAGAGGUCCGCUAGCCGAGGGCGGUCUGACAGCCGAGCGUCUGGGCUGGCACCUUCCCGGGUUCGACGACUCGAAAUGGAACACCUCCUCGCCGUCAACCGGCUUCAGCGGCGCCACAAUCAACUUCUAUCGGACCGUUGUCCCGCUCGAUGUGCCCGCCAACGUUGACGCUUCUUUUGCUUUCGUCCUCAAUGCACCCGCCAGUAAGCAGGUGCGCGUCCAGCUCUUCGUGAACGGCUACCAGUAUGGCCGCUUCAACCCCUGGGUCGGCAACGAGAUCAAGUUCCCCGUUCCUGCCGGUGUGCUGAACUAUGCCGGCGACAACGUCAUUGGUCUUUCUGUGUGGUCGCAGUCUAAGGGCGACGCAAAGGUCGAUGUCAAGAUUGUGCAGGAGUACGCCGUCGAGAGUAGUUGGGAGUCGAGGUUCGAUUCCGAGUACCUCCGGCCGGGCUGGACUGAGGAGAGGCUGGCGUAUGCUUAGAUGACGAGGUAGAUGUAGAUAAGAAUAAUGUUUGAAAUGUAA